AUGUUUUCCAAUCAUGAAGUACCGCCGGCCGUUGGAUGUGCCGGAGCAGAUGCCGCCCAGGGCAGACUCGCUCGCAUUUCUCCCCUCCACGCCGGCUUCCUCUGCUCAUGCUCCUCGCGACGGCGCUGCGGCGUGUCACCGCACACUGAGAAUGACCUCUCCGUUAUCCCCUCCCGGUCCGGCUGACAGCCGCCGCCGCAGGCACACGAUCUACCAUGGCCACCGCCGCGCGUCCCCGUACCGCCCCACCGUCCAUGGCGGUCUCAUCACCCACCUCCGCGCCACCUCUCCUGGACCCCGCUCCCCUUCUCCCGCCGCAACCACCGCCCCUUUCCACCUCCCUGACUGGGACCCCUCCUCCCCAUCGCACUCUCCUCGCUCGCCACCGACUCCGUCGCACUCCACAUCUGCCUCUUCCCGCCGUCUCUCCCCGCUCGCGCGAUUCUUGCUCGACGCCCUCCGCCGGCACCAGCGCUGGGGCCCUCCCGUCGUCGCCGACCUGUCCAAGCUCCGCCGCGUACCACCCACCCUCGUGGCUGAGGUCCUCAGUGCGCACCCGCCACCGCCUCCCCCGCUCGCCCUCCCCUUCUUCCACUGGGCCGGCCGCCAGAAGGGCUUCCGGCACUGCUUCCCCGCGUUUCACGCUCUCGCCUCCCUCCUCUCCGCUGCAGGCCUCCCUGCUGCCGCCGAUCAGCUUCCCGACCUCAUUCGCUCCCACGGCAAGCCCGUCUCUCACCCUCAGCUCACACUCCUCGUCCGGCUUCACACCGCUGCACGCCGCCCCCUCCGUGCGCUCUACACGCUCCGCCGGUUUCGACAUGAGUUCUCUGUCCAGCCGCAGGUCCACGUUUGCAACCGUGUCCUCGGCGCCUUGACUGCGGCAGGGCAUGUUGAGGAUGCGCUCAAGCUGUUCGAUGAAAUGGCUGAAAGUGGCAUCAGGCCUAUGCCGGUCACAUUUGCAAUCAUCGUGCGUGCGCUGGGCCAGGAAGGGAUGGCGGAGAGGAUCCUAGAGAUGAUUGGGAGGAUGCGUGAUGAGGUGUGCCGGCCGGACGUGUUUGUGUACACUGCGCUGGUCAAGACGAUGGUGCGCAGGGGGCACAUGGAGGCUUGCAUCAGAGUGUGGGAGGAGAUGGAGAGAGAUGGUGUGGAGCCAGAUACAAUGGCAUAUGCUACAAUGGUUGAGGGGCUAUGCAACGCUGGGAUGGUAGAGAAAGCAGCUAAAUUGUUUGAGGGGAUGAAGAAAAAGGGGUUGUUGGUUGGCCGGAUCGUGUAUGCGUCACUCGUCGAUGGGUAUGUUGCUGCUGGGAGGGUUGGGGAUGGCUGUAGGAUUUUGAAGGAGAUGGUGGAUGCUGGCUAUCGCGCUGAGCUCAAAACAUACAACAUACUCAUUGGCGGUCUGUGUGGUAUAGGUCGGGAGGAUAAGGCACAUCAGAUGUUUCAGAUUGUCCUUCAGGAGGAGCUAGUGCCAAGCUCUGAGACUGUUUCACAGUUACUAGUUUGCUAUGCUGAUAAGGGUGAGAUGGUUAAUUUUUUUGGAUUGGUUGACAAAUUGGUUGAGCUGAGCUUGCCUGCCAUAGAAUUUUUAGCAGACUUCUUGAGGCUCUUUGCAUGCAAGGGCGGUAGGGAAUUGAAGGCCGUGGAAUUGUUCAAGACUUUGAGACAAAAAGGGUAUUGCAGCGUUAACAUUUAUAACAUUCUUAUUGAGAAUCUGCUCAAGAUCAAGGAGAGGAAGAAAGCAUUAUUACUGUUUGAGGAAAUGAAAGCUUCAGAUGACUGCGAGCCAGAAUCAUGUACAUAUAGUCUUAUGAUUCCAUGUUUUGUGGAUGAAGGAAAUAUUGAAGAGGCUUGCUCAUGCUACAACUCCAUGAUGAAGGCUGAAUGGAUACCAAGUAUUUCAGCCUAUCGUUCGCUCGUGAAAGGGCUAUGCAAGAUUGGAGACAUAAAUGCAGCUGUUUCACUUGUAUCAGAUUGUCUUGGAAAUGUAGAGAAUGGGCCAAUGGAAUUCAAGUACACCUUAACUGUUAUUGAAGCUUGCCGAUCAAAAGACCCGGAGAAGGUCAUGAAAGUGGUGGUUGAGAUGAUUGAGUUAGGUUAUUUAAUAGAAGAACUUAUCUUCUCUGCUGUCAUCUAUGGAUUCUGCAAGUACGCAACUUCAACUGGAGCUAGAGAGGUGUUCUCUGUUAUGAGAGAUAGGGAUAUUAUUUCGGAGGCUAAUUUUAUUGUUUACGAGGAUAUGCUGAACGAGCACCUGAAGAAGGUCACUGCAGACUUGGUGAUAUCUGGAUUGAAGUUCUUCAACCUUGAAUCAAAAUUGAAAUGGAGAAGCAGAAUCGAUUGAAAUAUAGGUACAAUCUGCUUACUUUCACUUUGGAUCUGUGUCGCUUAAGUAUAAGAUUGUUUUGAUACUUCCCAAUGAGUUUAUGUUGCAUCAUUGAAUAAGUACUGUCACUGCUUCAACCUCUUCUGGAAAGUUGCGUAGGCUGCUUAUUUCAGCAAUGUGUGCAAGGAGCAGGAUCUGGCUUGACGGAGUUGAUAUCUAGACUUAUUUAGACCAAGUUAUGGGUGAUUCAUAUUUCUUACUGGUUAUGAUUUUUUUUCUCAAUCUCCUCUUCCAAGAAAACACAAAUUAAUAUAGCAUGUAUUGCAUUUGAAAAAGAUGACAACAGUUGGGAGCAGUUCUGGAGGGUCAUAACUAGUGUGUCUUUUACAAGCAUCAGUUUACACACACUUACUGGCAGUUUGGAUAUCUGUACUGCACCAAAAAAAAGUCUUAACGUAUCCUAUAUAUCCAUUUCUUAAUGUACUUGAAUCAUCAUAAUUUCAUGGGCAAAUGUGGUAUCGUUGAGAAGUGAGAGAAGGCACCAGUAAAUGUGUUUAUUAAUGCAUGACAUACUAAUGAGUCAGAAACUGAAAUAUUCUGUGUACCCUUGUACCCGUGAUGCAUAGAAUCCAUGGAUCUUUUGAGA